AUGACAUUGUCAGAGGAAGUCCUAACUCAAUUAGUAUAUCGAGAAUAUUGGGAGAAGCCGUACUCUGAAUGGGAGGAUGUGAAAACGUGGGAUCACUUAUUUAUUAUAAAAGAUAAUCGAGACGCGACGGAUCAAUUGUCCCAUGAUGCAUUGGGUAAAGAAUUAAAGAUCUUAAUUAAGAAUCUUAAACCAGAAACUAGAGAAAUCGAAAAGGCACGAGCAAUAUAA